GAUCAGAGCCAAGGAGUUUCACUCUGUGUUCGUUAAUGAUCAUCGGCGCACCUACAGACUACAGUUGGACACACCGGCUCCGAAAGCAGAAAGGUUUAGACAGAGUCCACCUGGAGUUAUCUUUGUUUUUUCCCUCCCUAAACAGCCUAUGCGAGGCUGCAGCAGCACACAGUACAUUCAGUCUGUGGUUUAAUUAGACAAUCUUCUGUGACUGGCGGCUGUCUGUAGCUCAGAUGCUGGGAGACAAGGCUCACGGCGUGACUUUGAAGGUGAUGGAAUACACAUACGAUGAUGACCUGGAAGAGCUGUGUCCUGUGUGCGGAGACAAAGUGUCCGGAUACCACUACGGUCUGCUCACCUGCGAAAGCUGCAAGGGCUUCUUCAAGCGGACGGUGCAGAACAGCAAGAGGUACACAUGUGCGGAAAACCAGGAGUGUAAAAUAGACAAGACCCAGCGGAAGAGGUGUCCGUUCUGCCGCUUCCAAAAAUGCCUCAACGUCGGGAUGCGCCUUGAAGCUGUACGUGCAGAUCGCAUGCGUGGGGGGAGGAACAAGUUUGGCCCCAUGUACAAGAGAGACAGGGCCUUGAAGCAGCAGAAAAAGGCUUUGAUACGAUCCAACGGGUUCAAGCUGGAGACCUCGGCCCCCCCACCAGCCUCUCCUCUGCAGACUGACUACAGCUUUACUGGCCCCCUACAUGCUCUGCCCACCAUCUCUAAAAGUCUUCUGCCGUCCACCCCGAGCUCCAUCACCUCUACAGACUACGAGGCCAACCUCUAUGGACCUACAUCACUGGGCAUGGCCAUGCAGUCCCAUGUGCCCCUGACUCCCCAAUACCAGUACACAGCAUUCCCCAACAGGGCAAUUAAAGCUGAGUGCCCAGACUACACCAGCUCCCCUGAGUCCAUCACAGGAUACCCCUACCCUGAGGUCUACCCCUCAGCCUCUCCUCAGCCGCCCAGCCUGCCACCGCUGGUGCUGGAGCUGCUCCGCUGCGAUCCAGACGAGUUGGUGGUGCAGAACAAGAUUGUGGCUCACCUGCAGCAGGAGCAGAGCAGCAGGGGCCGGAUUGACAAGCCCAGCACCUUCAGCCUGAUGUGCCGCAUGGCGGAUCAGACCCUCUUCUCCAUCGUGGAAUGGGCUCGGAGCUGCAUCUUCUUCAAGGAGCUGAGGGUGGGAGAUCAAAUGAAGCUGCUUCACAACUGCUGGUCGGAACUCCUGGUCCUGGAUCACAUUUUCAGACAAGUUCAACAUGGAAAGGAAGACAGUAUCCUGCUGGUGACUGGCCAGGAGAUUGAAAUGUCCUCAAUUUUGUCACAAGGAGAGACAACACUGUCCAGUCUGGUCCAGAGAGGUCAGGAGCUUGCAGCAAGGCUGCGGGUGCUGCAGGUGGACCGUAGGGAGAUGGCCUGUCUCAAGUUCCUCCUUCUGUUCAACCCCAACGUAAAGCUGCUGGAGAACCAGGCCUUCGUUGAGGGCGUGCAGGAGCAGGUAAACGGGGCUCUGCUGGAGUACAUCCUGUCCACCUACCCUCAGUUUCAGGAGAAGUUCAGCCAGCUGGUGGUCCAGCUGCCUGACCUGCGCUCCCUCAGCACGCAGGCUGAGGACUACCUGUGCUUCAUGCACCUGAGCGGAGAGGUGACCUGCAACAACCUGCUCAUCGAGAUGCUGCACGCUAAGCGAGCGUGUGUGUGAACUAUACACACACACACCAACGUUCUACCACCAAGUGUUACAUUUCUGUGUGAGACGGCGUGUGUGUGCGUGUGCCUGUGUGUGAAAAUGUGUGUGGGAAUGAAAAAUAAAAGGUGAAAAGGUUUCACACUGGGUCAUCUUUCUUAGGGCUUUUCCUAAGGUUGAAAGACAAAAAGAUGUUUCAGAUGUUUGGCAUUUAAAGGUUUUGAAUGUUUCCAUCUUCAUAUCCUGCACAGCUACUUUAACAUGACCUUAAAACUGGAUUUUCUACUCUUAUUACAAAAAUCUGAAAUUGGGUUUAUGAGAGAAGUUAGAAUAAAGAUGAAUAACGCGUUAAACUUAUUGUACAUUCCACAGAGCUGCAGAGUUGAUGUCUGUUUGUGGCUUUGCAGUUCCCUGUCAGUUCCCACUCCCUGAUGCCUCUGAGUUUCAGCUGGGAACUCUUCUGCUAUCUGGCUGGAGGGCCGCCUGUUUUCCAGGCCCUUUUCACAACACAUUUUGUUUCCUUCCUUCAGAAAUUGCAGAUGCCUGCAACAAUGUCUCCUAUAAAGAAGCUUGUUCUGGGUGGAAUGCGGAGAACAUAGAUUAUUUUAUUUAAGCAAAAACAGACUUUAUAAUUGUUGUUGUAAAAAAAAUAUAUAAAGCAUCAAGGACUUCAGAGAGGUGCUGAUCAUUGUGACAAUCAAAAAAAAUCUAAAUGUCACACACCUCACUCCUGUGAGCAGUUUUUAAGCUUUAUAGAAUCUUGUCCCUUUUUACCGGCCUGGAAGCUGUAAAUUAAAUAUUUGCCAAAGUAGAAAAAAUAAAAUAAAACAAAAAAAACAAAAACAAACAACAACUGAAGAUGGACUGUGUGACGUUUGGGUCCAAUUUUUGAACAUACUUUAAAAAAAGAUGACACCCUGGUCAGACCAGGAAGGAACGCACUUAAUAUCUUCAACUCUACAGGCAGCCUAGAUGUAAAAGCCUCAUCAUGUUCUGUAGAGUUGAGUUUUCAUCUAUUUAUUUAAAACAUUAUCUAUCCAAAACUUUUCUUAAUGGAAAACAUUCCAAUUGAACCAAACAUCAAAAUGCAGACAAAGAACAGUGAAAAAGAGAGAAACAGAAAGAGGAAGAAACUGGACACUAACUAAAAAAAUCUAAUUUGAAGGAAAUUAAGAAAACAUUAAUGUUUGGUCAGAUAUAAAAACUAUGCGCAAGUCAAGAACAUAAACAAGUCGGGGUGAAGGGGGUUGUUUGGCCACAUAUUGACUCCUUCUUAUUUACACAGUUUAUUAAUUGAGUUCUGAAAGCAACUGGACCUCAGAAAUGAUGAUGUUUCAUGCACACUCAGUUUUCAACACACCAAAGCAAAGAUGGACUCUUCUGUGUGAACAUUGACUAAAUCUGGCUUCCUGUUUGCUUUACAGCAACGAAACACGUUAAAAAGACUAAACAGCCAUGCCUCAGGGUGACCUCUGACCUUACCCACAUUCACUGCUCUCCUGAGCUUCUUUACUUAUCUUAUUGUGAGAUAAAGAGAAAAGGAUGACUUCACAGAAGAAGUACAGUGUCUGUUAGAUUACAAACAUUAGAAAUGUUAAAGGUUUAAUGAGAUUUUACACA